AUAAUGCAAAAUCCUUGGGCAAAUCCAAGGAGUGAUCACGUUUUGAACAUACGCGUCUGCGAGAUCUAUUUUUACUCGUGUAGAAGAGGGAACUUCGAGAAUUUCUUUUAUUUUUUUUUUUUAAUCGCCCAACGGAUGUAAACGGAACUCGGAUUGCGACGGUACUGCGCCACGACGACUAUUGCCACGAUGGCCGAGGAGGCUGACACAAACGAUAAAGCGACGAUGGAAAGUAUAGCGCAAAACAUACUCGAGGUCAGUACCGGAGGAGGGUCUGCGUCGAACGAAGUAGCCGCAUUAGAGUUUCAAGCCUCGCAGGUGAUAUCGAGGCUCGAAGAGGCUGUCGAAAGGGCGGCCGACGGUGGUGGCACCACCUGGAACAAUCCCUCGGGCUUUCUCUCCCAGUCGAAAACUUCAGACGAGAUAUUAACUUUAAUUCAGGAUUUGGUAAUUCACGAAGACGCUCCGCAACCGGUGAAAGACGGUUCAACGGAAACGGCGAGUCAGGUGACCACCCUGCCAACGUUGACGGAGUCAGCGAAACUAGCAUUAAUCGCACACACUAUUUCCGCUUACGCGCUUGCACUCCCGAAAUCGCACGCUCAGAGAUUAGCCGGUCGUCUGGCCGCGGAUACAACCAGAUGGCUGAGUCAUAUUUUCCGUUUCGUCGAUUGUGCCUCCUCGUUUCACGAGGAUCAUCUGGAAGGUCUGGUCCGGGUGACCAGGUUGGCUCUACACCGGAAGUAUCCUCGAUACAUGGAGGAAGGUUUUACCGCACUCGCGGCCUCUCCACCUUUAAUUUACAGCUCUGUGGCCGCACCUUUAGGUGUGGUUCAACAUCUGUGCAAACAGCUGUCUUUGCCACUUCAUUGCGUAAGACCCAUCCCCCAUAACACGAUGUUUGGAUCACGGUACAGUAUGGACGUGUCAGCUCUGGAACGCCGGCUAGCGGAAGAUACGCAAUCAAAUAGCGUGACGCCCCUUCUAGUACUAGCUGAGGCGGGCUCUGUGUUAACGGGACAUUGCGACAAUAUCGCUAGGCUGCGAGCAAUUUGCGAUAAGUACAAUGUCUGGCUCCAUCUUAGAGGUCAUUCUUUGGCCGCGUUAGCGUUGAAUAAUUCUACAAAGGAUCUGCCUUCAAAGAUUGCAGACAGUGUUACGUUACCUCUUGGAAUAUGGCUUGGUAUACCAUCUCUACCAGUAGUAACGCUAUACAGAUUAACGGACAUAAAGGGUGGUCGUCCAACUCCAAGAGACACAACUUUGUCUUUGGUAUCGGGUUUAAUGACAGAUUCGCUGUCAAGGCGUUUACCAACUUUGCCAUUAUGGGCCACGUUGCAAGUAUUAGGCAGAGACGGUGUACAUAACAGACUGAAGAGGUGCUUCUUGGCUGUGGAAGAUUUAUAUAAUAAAAUUAAGAAAUUCUCUUGUAUAAGAAUACUGAGUCAGCCACCCGGGGGUGAAACAGGGUCCUACACCAUAAACGAACUUCUAACAAACCCCGUGAACAAUCCACAAUUAUUCGAGGCCGUAGCCAGCGCAUUAGUGUUCCAAUUUGUGCCUGCAGAUAGGGAUCCACAGACGGCAGAACGCGUCCCUCCUUAUUACGACAAAUUAAAUUCCUGGCUGGGGCAAAUCCUUCAGAGGGAUAUCGAAAACGUACAGAUAGAGCUCUGCGAGAUAGAACAUCAUGGUAUUGCAAUUCGUAUUUGUCCUCUAGAGAAUCCGGAGCAACCUCCUACGACCGAGGACGUAGAUAACGUAGUUGCUUGUUUGGAACAGCAGAUAGAAAUAUUACAAGCAACAGUUGAGCACAAAGCAACGUUUGUGCGAUUAGUUUCGGAGAAUGACUCUUUACAUUUGGUAGAGAUGCCUGGUUGGGCAGGUUUAGGCGGUGUACGAUACGCUCCUCCUACUUGGAUCCACGUCAUGACCGACCAAGCGAAAGAAGAACUGAACAGAUUGAACACGCAAUUAGUCGAAGCUUUGCGAAAUACAGACGCGGCGUUUUCUCUGGGGGAAGGUGCCGACGGCUUGGCUUGUGUACGAUUUGGAAUGGUCACGCAAGAUACUGACGUGGCGGAAUUAUUAUCUUUAGUUCUACAAGUUGGUCAAGAAGUGGAAGCCAGCUCCAAAUUAUUGGAUACUAUAUCCGAAGUGGUGAAAAGAGGUAUCGAGGCAGCGCAGACAGAUUUAGAAAGAGAAAAUGCUGAGAAAUUAUGGCAGGAAGGUAUUCUUAGACAUGUACCUGUCGUUGGAACUUUCGUCAAUUGGUGGAGUCCCCCUUCAAAAGAAACCGGAGUCCGUGGACGUAGUUUGAAUUUACAAGCCGGAGUUGUUGAGAGUACAGAGAACAUUUACAAGUAUCACAUGCAAUUGCAACCUAACUCGACAGUGAUCAAUGGAUCUGGUGCUAGAACUCCACCGCAGCCCCUUGUACAGACUCCAGUUGGCGCGGGCAGCCAAAGUCAUAGUCGUUCGUCAAGCCAUUCCAGUUUGCAGAGUGGCAAAAGUAUCUCUGUAAUCACAAAUGCCGUAUCUCAUCCGCAAGUGAAGGAAGAAUCUGGCGAGGUGAAGUCGUAGUGAACAUUAAACGACACGGGAAAUUGAUCAACACAGGAAAUUCAGUUCGUUAAAUUCAAGUUCACAAACUUGGCAAAGGAAUGAUGCUCUAGGUGAAACGAUCGAGCGUUUCCGGUAGAAGCUAUCCUUUACAUUUGCAGAGCACAGCGAAAAAAAAAAUUAGCAUCUCUAAAGUGUCGAAGAGCUUGAUAAAUCGACAAAGGUAAAGACACGCUGUCCUCUCUGUCAUUUUUUUCUUCAAUAAACUAUUUUACGCUAUUUUUUUUUAUCAUCUUGCAUCGAUCGUAUUAUUUUUCUCGCUUUCUCAUCCGUUUUUGCGACUUUCAACGAUUAUUUAAUUUGAUAAAUAUCUGCAAAGUCUAUCAGAUAUGGCUUGUGUACUUAUUAGAUUGACAAUGAGUAAAGAUGUUGCUUUUGCCUCGAAUUAAUUCGGUAACAAGCAUCAACUUAAUUUUUCAUUAAAAUGUUCCCUCUCACAGCACAAUAUCCAGAAGCGUAUCUUUUUACUUUCAUGACGCAAUUUGAAAAAAAGUUGCUGUUAAGUUUUUAGCUAGCCGAAUGAGUAUUGAUAUUAUGAUAUAAAAUUAAAUAAACUAAACAAUAGAUUAUUUAAGUUUCCAACGACAGUGUUUUACAUGAACUAUAUGUGCACACACGUUCUGAAUAAAUUUUUCAACCAGAUUUUCCAUUCUAUUUUUUUCAGUUUUUACUUUCCAAACUACGUUUUUGCAUUUAUUUGCGAGAUCUUUUUUCAUGAAGCACAAUUAUAAUAAGAACAGGAGACACGUACAUGAUCAAUACGCGAUCGCUUCAAGCAAAGAAAAAAAAAAAAAAAAAACACAUUAUAGGCGCGCGUUGUAAAAUUUAUUCGAGGAAGCUAAGCUUUUAAAACCUAACAAAGCGUGUAAAGAAAAAAAGAAAAAUCAGAGCAAUGUUUCGAUAUUAAAAUGAUAACCAAAGAGAGAGUUAACAUAGAGUUACACGUUCAUGCGAUUUGAAUUGUUACGAUGUAAUAAAUAUUUGUGACACAGAAUAGGAGCUCUGUUGAGUU